CAAGUUGCGCACCAUCCAGACCAUCCUGACUUUAGCUCGAGGCUGGACGGCCCAGCAUUACCAACAGUUGCAACCGGAACUCUCGCCGGCCGCCUAUUUGUUGGACAGAAUUUCACCGGUUGGGGGGAAACAUACUUGAGAGAUAUUCGGCUCCCCGCCCUCAUUUUGUAGGAUCUUGUCAUAUAUCGCGUACGCAUUGAUUGUCCAGGAUGCAGGACACGUUAGCUCAACGGCAGGCAGAGAUCAUAGAAGGGUGGUUCAACUCCGACUGGUGUGAAUGGCGCGUGCACAUCCGAGAUUGUAAAAAUGCUGAAAUUUGGCAAGCGAUCUAUGCCAUCCACUCCGUCUGGUGCUUCAUCCUCGCCGCGAUGGGUUUGUGGGCCUGCAACGGCAAAGUGGUCCCGCUGUGGAGAAAGGGCCACCGGAUCCUUGAGUUCUCCGGCGGGGCGCUGCGCCCGCGUGCUGUCGAGGGGUUCUUGGUCGUUGCGACGGUUGGGAUAUUUGGCAGGGCGAUGUAUUCGACGGUGAUAUGUCUGUCGCCGACGGGGUUUGGGAGUGAGGCUGCUACUGAGUUUUUUCAAGUUUUUUCCUUCGUGCUUUUCUAUGAUGCAGUUGUAGUUUUCACAGUCGGCAUAGUCUUCGCCAUCCCCCGGCAACGCCUCGUCGGCAACAUCACCGUCCGAGUCCGCCUCCCCUCCCCCCAAGUCCUCAACUGGAUACUCAUCCUCCUCGUCGGCUUGCCAACCAUCAUCAUCCCCACCGCCGCGACCCUCGACGGGCACUCGCGCGACACCCUGCGCCCAGACAGGGCAUGGGCGUUCUUCCGCCUGUUCUGCUUCUCGUGGACGGUCUCUCUGGUCCUUAUCGGGAUAGUGCUUGUGUAUUUCGGCGGGCAGCUGAUGAUGGCGCUGCUGGAGACCGAGCGCGUAAUGACGAGCAUGACGAACUCGCAUAGGGAUACCGUGAAGAAUGCGAAUGAGGCCAAGUUUAGGCGGUCGAUUGUUACUACGAUCGUAACCCUCACAGCCCUCUUCAUGCUGGACGUCGCCUACUGCGUCACAUUAUGCACAUUCGGGCUGUACCGCAUCGAGAUCCAAUCUUUCCUGCCGUACUCGAUCAUCGUCGGCAGCUGUUGGAUCCUCAUCCUCCCGACGUUGUUGACGCCUGUUUUUGCGAUAAUGUGUUAUGGUUUACGGAAAAACGAAAUAGAAGACAAAUCCUACCGCACCAGCGAGACGGGUUGUCGAACGAGAGGUAGCGAGACGGCCGGCACGGGCACGGCCAAUAUCAGCCGACAGACGCGCAAAUCGGAGUUUCUGCACGAUGGGAGUAGUGAUGAGGAGAAGGGGGGUGGUGUUGAUGCGACGCCGCCCAUGCCGCGGCGGGGGAGUGAAAGGGGGACGAGAGACGAGGCGUAGUGGGGUG